AUGGCCACCAAAGCACCGCGCCGCCACAUUAUUCCGCGCGAGCCCCUCUGUCCUUCGCUGCCGGCCGAAAUCUGGAUCAACAUCUUCACUUACUGCACUGAUCUCGCCCAUCUGUGGAACACGGUGCGGCGCGUAUCGUCUGUGCUACGCGCGUGCGUGGACCGCGCCUUUGCCCACCACUUCCUCCACGACAUGCACAUUGACUUUGCGCUGGAAAAGUACAAUCUCGGCGGCCGAAGCAAACGGCCUGAGUUACGGACGCGGUUUUCAAGGCGCAGUAUAUGCGCUGAUGCCGAUGAUGAUGAUGAUGAUGAUGAUGGCGAUGAUGUGGAGCUAGCGUGGUUCAAAGAUGAGCGGCCUGAUCCACCACAAAGGAGUAAUGAGCAGUACAACACGGUGACGCAGCGCUGGAUCGAGCAUGUGGAAUCGUGGAAACCAGAAAUGCCACGGUACACGAUUACGCUUGGAUCCAUGGUCAACGACACGCCGCUCGUUAAUCUCAGUGUUUGCGCAGCCACGCGUGAGAUUAGCUUCGAGUGGAGAGCGAGUCUGGAACUUUUUUUCCGCGAGCAGGCAAGACUCGAGGUGCUCCGGCGCAGAUUUGACGACCAAAUGAAAGUCAAGAUGGACGAGGUGGAAGAGAGGGUGAAGCGGGGCGAGAAACUGGUGCCGGGAGAUUAUCCCGACAAGUGGGAGAGCGUGGAAAAUGCGUUUCGGAGGGGGGUGCGAAGAAAGAGGUUGAAAGGGUGGUAUGAGGGGGAUGAGGAGAUGUUAUGGGCGAUUGAGUCGCUGGCGUGUUUCGAGCAGGGUGGAGGCAGUGGGCAUGCAGAUGGAGAGAGGGCUGCUAGCGCCGUGAGCACACGAGGAAGUCAUCACCAUCAAAUCUCGAGAGACUUUCGCCUCAAUCCCGAUUUGCCCGGCGCCAGACUGGGGGAAAAGUGGUUUGGAAGCGUCUACUUGGUCCAGGAGUUGUAUCUCGAUGAGUGGAGUUGUAUGCAUAGGAUUGAUAUGAAGGAGGACCAGAUAGGGGCCAAGUAA